AUGUCUGCCGAGAAUGCACGCGAGGAGGCCGCCAGAGCCUUCACUACGGCCGAUUCCGGGGUGGCGGUACUGGUGACGACCUUCAAGGUGGGAAGUUGCGGCCUGAACCUCCACCACCAACUGCGCCAGAGUGGUGGUAGUGGAGGCGACCCGCAACCUGAACACCGUCUGGCAGGCCGGGGGUAG